CUUUGCAGCCCAUUCUCAGCUCUUCCCGUCGUCAAGUGCCGUGCCAUUUGCUUUGGUCUCCUCUCUGCUCUCCUCUGUCUCCGGCUCUCCCCUCCGCUAGGGUUUUGGAUCGUGGGAGGCGACCGGGGAGCGGCGCGCGAGGGGUCGCCGGGCGAGGGGGAGCGGCGUUUUGGGGGGCGCGAUGGCGCUCACGAACUUCAUCCUCACGGUGGUGGGGGUGGGUGCGGCCGUGAUGCUGCUGCGGAAAGACGUCAAGCAGUCGGCCACCGUCUUCCGCCGGAACGUGCGCCACAUCCGCAACUGGCUCGAGGAGGAGUCCGCCGCCGCAGCCAAAUCUACUGAGCAAUCUUCAGUAAAGGAACUGGAGUCGCAAGCUGUCAAGAAAGAUGCUACACCCAAGGAGGACAAGCAUUAGAUGAUCUUACACUCUUUUACGUAUAAUGCAAUUGGCAGUGUGAGUCCCAUGAUUUUGAACUAGUCCUUGUAAAAAAAAAUGUUUUGUAGGAUUUUAUUCUCGACAACUAUUUUACUCAAUAAUGGAGGAUACAUGAGGUUUGGGAUUCUGAAAUGGUGUUGCAAAAAAGGACCUUUAAUAUCAAUGAGAUGUGUACUAAAUGAUGGUGGAUCCCUGACACCCUGUCUAGUAUGUAUUUGAGAUUCUGUAGUUGAGACUAAUCCAAUCCGUACUUGCAAAUGAAAAGGUGGAUUUGUGUACUA